UGGAAUAUCAUCUGUUCCUGGAGACUUUUUUUUUGGGGGGGGGGGCAUUUCUUUAUUGCAAUUUCCACCUUAAUUUUUAGAAUUUUGGGUUGUUACUUGGACAUUUGGAAUUUGGGGUUGCUACUUGAUUGCUACUUGGACAUUUAAGGCUCCCAGACAAGCACAUUAGGAUGGCAUGGCUAAAACCACAAAACUUUCAGAUUCUGGAGCCAAGGAAGUGGUGGCAAAUCACCUUGGCAGUUUGCUUUUGAUCCCUUCUAAUCAGUCCUUAAGUGCCCAGCAGAGGAGAAGCAUGAAUUUCAGCAUUGUCCUUUUCACACUUGGAGUUUUGAUAGCUCACCAUAUAUCUGAGGCUGUAUUUCCCAUAAUUGUUGACUGUUGCACAGAAGUAGCCCAUCGCGUUCCCAGAAGAUGGCUCAGAAGAUCAGUGCUGAAGUUUGAUAUUCAGAAGGGUGGUGAUUUAUGCAAAAUACCUGCUGUGAUCCUUUACACCAAGCAACAAAAAACUAUGUGCAGAAGCACACAAAAUAAAAAAAGGGUGAGGGGGAUGAAACGAAUGUCCAAGAUUCACCAAAAGACUGGAAAUUUGUCAGGAAGAGAAAAAAAAGGCUCAAAGAAGAUGGAAAACCACAAGGAAACACCACCACACCAGAAUCUCCGAUCCUCCAGCGGCUUCAGAAGUCCUCCACGGAAGCCACCGCUGCCCACUUGGACCUCCGGCUCCUCCAGCGGCGUCCACAAGGACUUCUAA